GCUCAGCGGGGGCAUGCCUUGGCCAUGCCUACCUUCCCUAUGACACUCUUCUUGACACUGCUACAGCUUGCGGUACUUAUUUGUGUGAGUUCUGGGGCAUACUAUGGACACAAGCAACACCCUCAGCCAUACCAGCCGAUGCAACACCUCCAACACAUGGGCAAAGAAGGCUUUCCCCAACAACAGUACCUUGGCAAAGAGGUGCCCUAUAUGCAGUACCCCCACUACAGGAAGGAGCUACCCCAGAUGCCCAUGCACAAGGGCAAAGACAACGCUCGUAAAGGGGGCGGCUAUAAUGGUGGCCAAGACAAAGGUCAGACAAUCCCUAGUGGUGCUGAGGGAAUUCCCCAAGGAGAGCAUGGCCCAGCUGGACCACCUGGACUAGAGGGACCUGCAGGACCUCCUGGACCUCCAGGGAUUGUACAGCCCGGACCUGAGGGACGACCAGGACCUCCAGGUCCUUCAGGAGGGCCUGGACUGGGAAAACCAGGUUUGCCAGGACUGCCAGGCAAGCCAGGAGGAAAUGGCGAACCUGGACCACAAGGAGAAAUGGGCACUAGGGGUGAAGAAGGGCCAGCUGGACAGCCAGGGCGUCAGGGUCCCCCAGGACCACCUGGACUACCAGGAAUAGGUAAACCAGGAGUACAGGGAUUACCAGGCCAACUAGGGCCCAAAGGAGAGCCAGGUCACAAAGGUCUGCCAGGACUACCAGGAUUACCGGGACCCAAAGGAGACAAAGGGAUGGGCCAGCCAGGACAACCUGGUCACAAAGGUCUCUCUGGGCCCCCAGGACCUGCUGGCCCAAUAGGGCUGCCUGGUUUUGGAAAACCUGGUUUGAAUGGGGCACCAGGGCCACACGGACCACCAGGAGAGAAAGGACAUCCUGGGGAGCUAGGACCAGCUGGGCCACCUGGUGAAGGAGGACAGCCUGGACCACCAGGUCUACCUGGUCAUGGAAAACCAGGUCAAAAUGGCCUGCCAGGACAGCCAGGCAUGCCAGGCGGAAAAGGUCAUCCAGGACCACCAGGUUUGCCAGGAAAGCCAGGACUUCCUGGAUUUGGUAAACCAGGUAUGCCAGGACCAAAAGGUGACAAAGGUAUGGGGGGACUACCUGGACUUCCAGGGCCAAAAGGAGAUAAGGGCUAUGGAGGACUACCUGGUAUACUUGGACCUCCUGGACCAAAUGGUCUACCAGGUCCUCAAGGCCCUAUGGGAACCCCAGGAGGUUUAGGUGCACCUGGUCCUAAAGGAGACUGUGGAGAAGGAGGACCUAAAGGGCUUAAUGGAGCCCAGGGUAACCCUGGUGCCUCUGGUAUACCUGGUAAGGAUGGUCUGCCUGGAGAUCUAGGAGAGCCAGGACCAAGAGGUCCACCAGGACCGAGUGGUGCCAAAGGAGACGGUGGGCAUAAAGGUCUACCUGGUUCCUCUGGUUCUCCAGGACUUCCUGGACCGAAAGGACAAGGUGGAUUACCUGGUGAAGUGGGACCUCAAGGUCCUAAAGGAAUCCCUGGAAUGGAUGGCACAGCAGGACCAAUCGGGCCUUCUGGUCUUCCCGGGAUAAAAGGAGAUAGUGGCCUACCUGGCCCACCAGGCAUUGCCGGUGAGGGGAAUUUAGGUCUUCCUGGUCCUAUAGGACCCCGAGGGAAAGAGGGCUCAUCGGGACCCCCUGGACAACCAGGUAAACCUGGUCUUCCUGGACCACCAGGCCCAGCUGGAGCAUCUGGUCUGUCUCCUGAGAUGGCUGGAGUGCUCUCUCAGAUGGGCCCUGCACUAGAUGGUGUUAAGGCUGGUGGCUAUGGUAAGAAGGGCAAGUAUGAAGGCAAUGGGGCUGAAGUAAUGGGUGCCAGUGGGUUGGAAAUGCCAGCAUUCACAGCUCUAGUAACAACUCCCUUUCCACCUGUGAACACUCCAGUCGUCUUUGACAAGCUCUUGUACAAUGGUCGUCAAAACUACAACCCCGAGACAGGAAUCUUCACUUGUGACAUGCCUGGCAUUUAUUACUUUGCCUACCACGUUCAUUGCAAAGGAGCUAAUGUGUGGGUGGCUUUGAUGAGGAACAAUGAGCCAGUGAUGUAUACAUAUGAUGAAUACCAAAAGGGUUUCCUGGAUCAAGCAUCAGGGAGUGCAGUACUACCUCUACAACCUGGGGACACUGUGUAUAUUCAGCUGCCCUCAGAUCAGGCUGCAGGACUUUAUGCUGGACAGUAUGUGCACUCCUCAUUUUCCGGAUAUUUGUUAUAUCCAAUGUAAAUCCACAAACUACAGGGAGAGAGAGGCUUCAGUGAGAACAAAGUGGGAGCAUAUUUUUGUACAAUAUAAACAUUAUCAUAAACCACCUAAGACUUAGCAGUCUUUUUAAUGUAAAUUCAAUAACAUUUUGAUCUUGUAAGCAGAGGUGAGAGGAAAAAUCGGAAGUAUGAUGGUCUGUAUGUACAUGAGGCUUUUAUACUUUAUAGCCUUAUAGCCAAGUAAUUGGGAGAGUGAACACGUUUUCUUUUACAGCUUUGAAGAUAUAAAAGAAUAUAUAAAAAGGCAUUCAAAGAACACCUAAAAGAUGACAGCAGAUGUAUUUUCAUAUGAAGUCAAAAAGCCAAAAGGCGAUCAGAGCGCAAUUUGUACAAAUUUUGUUCCUGUACCUCUUCAAAACUGGCAGCUACCCCAUGUGGUGAAGAAUGUGAAACACAAUAGAAAACAUGACAGCAUAUUCCUUUUGGUUGGAAAUUUAUAUUUUUGCAUGCAUACCUCUUAUAAAUACAAUUGUGUCUCUACUGAGAAUGGCAUACAUGUUAAAUGACCUCUUGAGAAUGAGGGUUUGCAUUACAGCAGUUUGUUUUACAUGUUUUAGAGGUAAUCACAUUUCUGGUCAUGUAACCUGCAAAUGACUGAAGUUUGGGAAAAGGUUAAUUGUUUACAAACUAAUUCAGAUUUUCAAUGGAUCAAUCUCUCAAUGUACCACAUGGAUUAUCAAAAAAAAAGGAUCACAUUUGCAAAAUGCAGUGUGGGAGAAACCCUAAAUGAAGGCCUUACGUAUACUGGGGUCAGGGUGGUGAACUAUUAUAUGGCUAUUAAUGUGCUCUCUUGUAGGAGCACAAACAAAUAGAGAGUGAAAAUUAAAUAAUCACACACAUGAUAUAAAAUAUGUUGCUGACUGACAAUUGCUCCCAUGAGUGAGAUUCAAAGAAUAAGAAUGUAAUAUUAAUUUUGUUUGCGUACAGGUUUAUGGGUGUUAAGAAACAGCUUUUUUGCAAAAGUGCAAAAGUCCAUAUACCAUACUGCCCUGAACUACGAAAACCACUCCAUAUUAAACAUGACACCACAAUACAGAAAGAGCCACGCUAUACAGAAUCUCUGUGUCACAAAUUGUACAGGUAUACAUGACACAUGGUAAAUAUCAUGAAGCAAAGACUCUGCCUGUGAACAUGUACAGUUGUAACCACAAUGUUAUACUCAACACAGAUCAAGCAGUGUUUCAGUCAAACAAAUCUCUCUGAGGAUUUGAUCUAAUGACUCUUCAUUUAGCUUAAUUUCAAAGCAAAAUCAUUAAAAAAAUUAAUUAAAAUUAAAUGUAUUCUUCCUUACUUUUUAAUUUAAAAUUCAACCGAUUAUACUCUGUAACUGUUUUGUAAGAUGAAUCCAUUGUUUAGUUGUAAAUGCAUUAUAAUUAUUCAUAAAAUGGUAUCUUGUUUGGAAAACAAACUAUGGAUUGUUCUUUUGAAAUCAAACACUUUAACAGUGGGACAUGGUUGUUAUCUAGUCCAAAAUACAUUUGUAUUACAAUUGACUAAAGCAAGUAUUGAAUGUCGCAGCAAUUCAUAACAAUGGUUAUGCCAAUAAUUUAUUAUUUUAUCUGCUGAUCACUUGCAAUGACAAGGACAUAAAGCAUGACAACUUUUAAAGAAAAAUAAAUGUAUAUUUUUCAUUUUAACCAU